AUGGCUGAUGACCGAAAUGAUGAAGGAGUGUGCACAACAGACUCGCAUGUAAAGACACGAGGACGGACACGCAUCUGUAAAUCCUGCAAGUUCACUUGCACUGACUCAAAGGAGUUCCUAAAUCAUCAAGUGUAUGCACAUUCACAGGACGGAGAUCCAGAUUUGUUAGCCUCUCUUGGGAGUCGAAGGAAAAGCCAGAAUUCUGUGACCAUUCAACCUAUAAAGAAACCAUUGACUCGAUCAAGUUCUUCAUCUGAUGUAUCACCCUCGGAGAAAAUCAUAACUCAGAGAGGUGAAAGGCUUUCAUGUUCUUCUGAAGAGGUGACAUCAGAGAAAUCUUCAAAGCCUGAAAUAGACAGUGAACAAGUUAUCGAAACAGAAAAAUUAGACAAUUUGUUAAGUAACGAAAUCCAAACAUCUGACUCUAUGUCAGAUCUACAGAAAGUGAGAGAAGACAACAGAAUUACAGCCAAUGAGAAUACAGUAGAUGCAGAAAACUUAAGUGACCUUGAGAUGGAGAUGGAUGACAAGGUCAGCGAGCAAACAUAUAUCUUUAAUCCCGAGGGGGAGGAACAGGAUGAGGAGGGACGUCUGGUCAUCGCAGAAGAUGAACCAAAACAUUCCAAUCAUGCCAUCACGCAACCUACACGUAGUGGUAAUAUACAGAAUCGUACAUAUGUGUGCAAUCUGUGUGAAUUUAGCUCCACAAGUGCCAAGGUAUUUCUACAUCACCAGAAAGACAGCCAUAAUCUAGACAUAACUAUCUACGAAUGUGACAUUUGUGAAUAUGCCACAAAAUAUAAACAGAAGCUUCCACGUCACCGAAAGUUACACUUCACAGGGAAAGAAAAUGGUGGACUGAUGAGCGGUUCAGAUCUGGACAGCAGCUUUGGUGAGAAAAGUUUCCAUACCGAGGAUCGAGACAUGGAGGUCAGGGAACACUUAGGAGAGGAUGAAGAUGAGGAGGAGGUUUACGAUGAGGAAGAAGAAGAAGAGGAGACAAUUGUUCCUGCUGUCACUGAAAAUAACAUCAGUGAUAUCGUACAAGGUGAAAAGAAAAAACGAAAAACCAGACAAGAAGUUGAUCCUGCAAAAUACUUUGAAGUUUUAGAUGAAACAGGAGUGAAAUAUGCCUGUUCUAAAUGUGGCAAUGUGUACAAGUGGCGUAAAUCUCUCAACAAGCAUUGGAAGGAGAAGCACUUCGGUGACCUCCCUGAUACCAGUCGACCACCACCCGGUCUAGUCAAGCUUAAUACCAUCAGUCAUGUCAAAUACAGGGUUCCCAGCUCCUAUGAAAAUGGCGCGCGGAUAUCUGUCUCUCCCGCCAUGGGAAGUCAUAAAGGUGGACGCUCCAACAGUGCUACCCCUCAGAGUCUACACGGAUACCAAGUACACUCGGAGCCACAGGAGGAAAUGCCUAUGCCUUCAGCCUCUUCUGUGGUGAUGCCUAAAUUCAUUGGUCCAUUCAUCACCAACACAACAUCAUACCCGGCCAAUAAGGGGCCUGGCCAUGCCCUUGUUGAGGCUCUGCAAGGGGAAAAAGUUCGUCAGUCUUCUAACGGUAAAGAUGGUAAUAGGUCUGGAUCACGUCAGGGAGAACAGCCAUUAGACUUCUCUGUUAAGAAGGAGCUUGAUGUCAACAGAAAUAUCAGUCACGGAGGGGAAAGCUAUACCAACAUCAAAUCAGAACCUCAGUGGAAUGAGUAUAUGGAAGAAGACAGGGAGGAAUCUGACUUGUCCAAUAAGAUGACUUUGCCUGUCACUAUUGAUAAACAGGAUAGUCAGCCAAUACUUCAGUGUUCCAGAUGUGGAUUUGUUGCCAAAACUCUAGUCGACUAUAGCUCUCACAUGACAUUGCAUUUGAACAAACGGGCAUUUAAAUGUGCUGAAUGUCAAGAACAUUUUAAUGGAGUAGAUGAUUUGAACAAACAUUUUUCUGAACAACAUUCUGAUAAAAUUCAUGAACAUAAAGAAGCUAUACAGAAAAUUCCACAUGGUUUACAGCAGACAUAUCACCUCCUGAAGAUGCCACUUAAUGCAAUUGGGUCCAUGUCAACUCAGGAAAUUGGUAAUGGGGAACCAAAAUUUCUCAAAUGCAGCAUGUGCAGCUUUGUUGCAAAAUGGCCUGCAGAAUUACAGAAGCACGCUGUGUCACACUCCGAAGAGCGACCAUUUGUCUGCAUGGUAUGUGGCUCCACCUACAAGUGGAAAUGGGAUCUAGUGAAACAUUUUGAGAAGAGCCACAGCACACUUCCUAAUCCAUAUAAACGUCGUGAACAAGGUGCUGGGGUACCGCCUGUUACUGGUAAUGGCACAAAGCCUGGGAGUGGGACAAGUCCUACACAGAAUUCUUCAGAUCGGUCAUCCGAGACUCCUAAUAGCAUUUCCAGUUUGUAUGAAAUCUCCAGUGGCCAGGUACUGUCCAGCACAACGGCAGCUCUACUAGAUGCUGGCAGCCACAACAUUCGCAAAAUUCCAUAUACUGACAUGCGAGACGAGGAUGAGCCUCUGAAAAAGAAACGGAGGAUGUCAGACACUGAUUUACCUCUGCAGAAUAGCCAAGACGAUGAUUCGCAGGAUAAAUACCUGGUGACUGGAGAAAUGGAUGAUACAGCUAGAGAGCGCCCAUCAUCAGAACCUCUGGCCAACCUCACCAACAGGGAAGAUAGCCAAGAUGCUUUUAUGAGGAAACAUCUACAGCUUACCAGUGUUAAGUCUAGCUCUACCCUUAAAGACAUUCAAGAUCUUAUCCCUACUGAUGAAGAAAAUUUCCAGGAUGAAUUAAGUAGUAAAUUUGGGUUUAACUCUCCAGUGAGUAAUGAAACACAAAAAGCUAUGCUUGAAAUUAUGAAGAAGCGACUUGAAGGUGGAACACAAUCUCCUCCUGAGAAGAGUAAACUAACAAUGGAUAAGACUGGAAAAGUGACACCAAGUGAUGUACUGCUUCCAUACAGGUGUCCAAGAUGUGAAUACCGUGCACGAUGGCCGUCAGAAAUCACCCAACAUAUGAAGAACCAUUCAGAUGAGAAACCAUACCACUGUCCACGCUGUAGCUACAAGAGUAAAUGGAAGUGGGAUGUGGUAAAACAUCUAAAACGUUGCGGCGGUGGCACCAUACGUGAUGUCAUUGACACCAGCAAGGUGAAGAAGAUGCCGCCCCCGAAUGUGACUGUGAUGCCGCAAGGUAAUCUACAGCAGCAGACACCCCAACCUGUCAACUACAUGAUGAAUACUUCAAUGGAGGACUCCAAUGAAGAAGAUAAUCUUCCCAAUGGUGUAGCGAGGCAGGCCAUGGCUUAUUACAAAAAUGCUGAUAUGGCCGCCCAGUACCAGGACUAUGAGGAGGAAUUCAGUCAGGAGGAUAAUUCUGACUCUAACCAACAGAGGCAACCAGUGUUCCGCAGUCUGAUUAAUCAGGGCAUGUACCACUGUCUAGAUUGUCCCUUUGUAGGUCAUAGCCCGGCAGAACUCCGACGACAUGCUGUCUUACACUCAGAGAACAAACCCUUCACAUGUACCAUUUGCGGGUACAGCUCACGCUGGAAAUGUGAUCUCAAAAAACACAUUCGAACAUAUGAACACUAUGAUGUGAAUGCCAGCAACAAGCACAGGGCCCAGCAAGAAUACACAACACCAAUGUACUUACAGGACAAAUUCAAAUUAUCCAAACCUAGCAACAACCCAGAGCAGGAUGAUGAAGAUGACGAAGACCGUACUCUGUAUAAGUGUGACAGUUGUCUGUAUGUUACAUACAAGAAAUCAUCUUAUGACAUCCAUGUCAAAAUUCAUGGCGAUACCAAGAGAGAAGACGGAGGCUCUUCAGCUAAAUUUAAAUGCAAGCAAUGCGAGUAUCAAGCAUCAGAUCUGUCUUCCUUCUUACAACACAAGAAAUCACACAGUACUGCUCAACCAUCUCAGGGCCAGCCGCCCGAACAGGUGUCUAAUCGCACGCUUCAUCUCAAGCAUCGUCGUAAACCAGUCCAACAAUUCAAGUGCUCCAAGUGUCCUUACACCUGCUUCAAGAAAUCCGGACUGUCUCUGCACGAAGCCAUGCAUGAGCCAAGAGGAGGGGAAGCUUUUAUAUGUUUGUAUUGUGAUUACAAUGUGUACAGCAAAAAUCUUGUCCUUCAGCAUAUGAGGCUCCACCCUGAGUUUGAUGCCAAAGAAUGCCAGGAGUUCCUAAAGGAUGAUGAUGUUGAUGAUAUCAUUGAAGGAGUAGAAUCUAAAAAUAAUGAUGACAACGAGGAUUGUUUGGUGAUUGAUGAUAUGGAACAAGAAGAUAUGGAAAGAGAAUAUAUGGAGAAGUUCUCAUCUCCUUCUGUGAAAUUUUCAGGAAAAACCAAUUCUUCACCCAUUCAAAAUGAGAAAAAUGAGGGGCUAGACCUGUCAGCUGGAGCUUUGGACCUGACUUCAGUGGCUCAAACCUCUACAGCCAGUCCACAACCGUCAUCUAUAUUUGGAAGAGGAAAUACCACUAACCGUUUCCCCUGUGAAUGGUGCCCAGCAAUGUUCCCAAACGUAGUCACAGUCUAUCAGCAUGCACGCUCAGUGCAUCCAUAUGAGCUGAGGGCCCAGGAAAUGGGAGAAAGCAUGUCUCUUCCAACCAAAACCACAGGUAGUAAUGCUAUGUCUACAUUCAGUACUAAAGGAGAGAAAACACAGAACCUGUUUGGAGGUCAAUCACAGCCACAACAGAAUAGCUCCAUUCAGGCUCACACUCGUGCCCCAACUCCACAGUCAAACACUCCACGUCAGCUUCAUUCUCAGCUUUUCAACCAAACCUUCAUCCAACACCCUCGUUACCGCCCAAUUGAGCCAAAACCUCAUCAGCAACAACAACCACAGCAACAGCAGCAGCAGCAACAUCAAUCGUUAAAUAUUCAAAACAUUCCAAAACCAACAACACCAGUAACAACAAAUCAGACAUCACUUCACCAGAGACUACAGGAGAUAUCCAACAAGGUAGCAUCAGCACCCUCUGUUACGCCAGCACAGCCCAGGAGCCUUCCCAGCAGCCUUCAAAGUACGCCAUCACCACAGCAACUGGCCCAACAACACAUGCUGCAGCAGCUCAAGGCCAAAAAGUCCACUAGUCCACACAAACGUGGCCGAUCCUUCCAAUGUACAAAGUGUUCCUUUACAGCUCCUAACGCCGUUACCUAUCUACGUCACAUUGAACGUCAUGGCAGUAACUGUCGUCACACCUGUCGUUUCUGUGACUACAGUAUAGACCGUCUAAAUCUACUGUACCAGCACAUGAAGGGCACUCAUAGCGAUCUCUGGAGGGGCACACCUGAGGAGAAAAUCAACCUCACGUCUAAUGGUUCACGGCAAGAUAACCGGCAGAAGAUAUAUCACCAUAACGAUCAGUCAUUUGACAGUAUGAGUAACAGCUUUGAGGGCGGUAUGGAGGAGUUUGGAGAUGUAAAAGGCAGUGGAGGGGACGAUAGUUUGAACUCGUCUAUGACCAGCACUGACUUAAACGUGAUGGCGUCCAAGGAAGAGAACAAACCAGUUAUGGUGUUGAAGGAGGAAACUACAUGGAGAGGUAUUCCUGUACAAGUGUGCACCAUCAAUGGACGUAAGAACUACAAGUGUCCGAAAUGUUCUUAUGUUAGCAGCAAUGCAGCCAACACCACUAACCAUGUAAGGCAACAUGGCUCCAACAGAAAGUACAAGUGUGAACAAUGUGACUACAGCGUUGACAACCUCAAACUUAUCUACCAUCACAUGCAGUCGGUGCAUCCCUCAGAACCAAACUUUCUCGAGAAGUCGGGAGGUAAGCUUCCAUUUACUGUAGAAUAUGAGUAUUUACCCGAGGAGAAUAACAACUCGCUGACCUGGGGUGAGGAAGGCUUCCACAACAGGAACAACAGGUCAUCCACAGUACAGCUUGCAGAGAUUAUAGAAGACUUUGAAGAGGAUGCAGACUCGGAGGAAUACAACAUGUACCGCGAGCAUCAGAAACGCCAGCAACAAAAGGCUGGUAACAUGGAUAAUGACAUGGAAAUGGAUGUUCCCACUCAAAAGCUGACUCAACAAUUCCUUAGAAACAUUGUAAAUAGAAUGAAAAAGAAUGGGGAGAGGCUUCGAUACAAGUGUGCACGAUGUCCAUACUUUAGUUUCUGCAAAAACAAUAUCAUCAAGCACAGGCGUCAGCACGUUGUUAAAAGUCAAUAUGCAUGUCAGAUGUGUGACUAUAGUGCCACAAGGGCAUUCCUUCUCACCCAACACAUGAAGUUUCACAAAGAGGAAGAGGAGGAGAUGAUUAAGGCACAGGAAGGCACACCUAAAACAGGGGGAACCUUUCAGGAUGUCGUUCUUGACCCAUUUGACAAGGAGGGCUGUAACCUUCUUAAAAACAUUGAAACUCUGGAUAACAAGAUUGCUGAAAGGUCCAAUCCCUCACAGGAGGAACAGAAAGAUUUUGAAGAUGAAGCAUUAGAUGAAAUGGAAUUUGGAUCUCAGGAUGGGAAUAUGGAUGACUUUGAUGAAGAGGAAAUGGCUGCUUUAGAACGAGCAGAAUUUGAAGGGAUUAAUAAUUCUAAAGUAGAAUCUAGUUUAGUGAAGGAAGAUGCUGUAAAGGAAGCACAGGAAGUGGAGACAAUGAGUAAUGCCUCCGACGACAGUUUGUCAGAAAUCGACCCAUCAGCACUUCAGGAGCAGAUCUCACUUAAUAUGUCUGCCACUGUCACAAAUGGAGAAAAGAUCCGGUACAACUGCUCUCUAUGUCCAUACAAAUGUAAUGCUCUACGAAGCUUCAAAUGCCACAUCCACAUGCACGGCCUCAACAAAAAAUACAUCUGUGACUUCUGUAACUGGAGUGCCGACAGACUCAAUCUCUUGUACCAGCACCGAAAGGUUCACAUCGACGAACAGGGAUUCGUUCUCAACCAAGAAGAUAUAGUAUUUCUCAAUCGCGACUUUGCUUUGGAAUCCAAUGAUAAAAUGCCUUCUAACAUUUUGGAUAUGAAUGCUCCCAAGAUUGUCAGUAAUCACAAAGCUGUAUCACAGGAUUUGGAGAAAAACGAUCCUCGCCGAAUGUUUAAUCGUAACUUCAGUGGGAAGAAGGUCUACACUUGCAAGCUUUGUCCCUUCACAUGUAACAACAAAAACAGCUUUGACUAUCACAAAAAUCUACAUCGCAUCAAAGCACGCUUCCAGUGCUCCGAGUGUUCCUACAGUGUCGAUCGCUGGAACCUUCUGUCUCAGCAUAUUCGACUCCAUCAAGGUAGUGACUCCUUCGGACAGAGUCAAUGCAGAUGUCCAAAAUGUCCGUAUUUCAGCUUGAACCCACAGCUAAUGGAAGUACAUCUACAGCUCCAUGGUUCUGGCAAGGAGUUUACCUGUAAGUUCUGUGACUAUAGCGUUGAUAAACAGACCAGCCUGAUACAACACCAGAAAGUCCAUCUGACUGACGAAUCUGGUUGUUCUUCACCUUCUAUCAGUCAGAUGGACAUGAAAAAUUUUGAAGUAGCCAGUCCAGAUAUCAUUGCACCACAGCUGUACUUUAAUUCCCCAGAAAAUGAGGUUGAUUCUGAUGAUGACAGUGUGGACGACACGAGUGACCUGAAGUGUGAACGGUGUCCAUAUGGUACACCAUCCAAGGACGAGUUAGCAGACCACGAACACCAACACAAUAUUCACUAUAAGUAUGCCUGUCCAUACUGUGACUUCAGCUGUCCCGAGGAAUACCAGUUGGUGGAUCAUAUCCAGCUACAUCUUCCAAGUACCAAAGUUGACCGUGAUGUUGUCAAAUCCAUUCUGGAAAAACAAUCCAAAAAUGGUGACAAAUCACUUGAAAAGCCUGAAGUUCCUGUCGUGGGUUUUAGGAAGGUACAUGAGUCUGAAGUUACAGGUGAACCAGACUCGACUACAACUUCUCCUCCUGGUCAACCAGGAGAGAAAAAAGUGAGUGAUGACCCCGAUAAAAUGAAAGCUCCGAAGGAAAAGAGCCGUACUAAAGUAUAUGUGUGUCAGUACUGUGAGCGAGAAUUUGAAGGUAAAAAUUUGAUGCUUCAACAUGAACGUCAGCAUCUUAUAGGAUCCAAAUACUAAUGACACGUGUCUUGUAGCAGCAGAUACUAAAGUGACAUGUGUCAAGAAUGGUCACAUUACUAGUGCCUUUGAGAAGUCAAAUACUAACAAUUUUAUAAUACUACAUAUUAAUGACACUGGAUUUGUGAAUAUACUACUGCCGCAUGUAAGGAAUGCCCAUUGCUGCUGCGUUUAUGACUUGUGAAUGUUACUGAACUUAGAGGUAAAACCUUCAAAGCAGCCGAGAGAACUGUGAGAUAAAUCCAUCAACAUAUUUGCUAUAUGGACCAAAAUGGUGAAGAGAUGAUUCUGUAGAUUAACAUUAUGGAUGCAAAAUAUUAGGAAUUAGAAUACAAACUCUCUGUGAAUUGGCCUAAACUAUUGACUAAACACUUCAUUUGUGAUAUACCAUUAGUAGAUAAUAUUUAUAUAAAGGUGAUAAAUGACACUGUCAAAAUGAGAGUGGUAUACUUCUGAAAACAUUCCCAGGAGAGAACUGUGCAAUUAAAGGGAGACAAUUUUACUUUCUCUGCAAAGUUUUGACAAUGGUGCUACCGGGAAAAGGUUUUCUUGCCAGUCCAAGGGAGAUAACUCUAUGGAUUUGCCUUUGUGUUCAGUCUGCCCAACAUUGUCCAGUGUUCAAAUGACUUUAUUUGCAUUUCAUCAUUUUCUGUUCCAGCCUGCAAUAUUAUGGUAUUUAUAAGGUGUAGGCCAAAGUCUUUCAGUACUGUUUAAGGUAUACUAAAUCAUUCUUUAGGGGUUUUUACUUUUUACCAUUGCCAGGAGACUUUCCGUGUUACUUCAGAACAAAUUUUGUUUAAAAUUGUUACAUUACUAUGUUUACAAAGUUAUUUGAGAUAAUGGUUUUUAGGAAUACAUUUGUAAAAUGAUUUGCCAGAACACUUGUAUUGCCUCAAUAAUGUAUUUUUUUGUAAAUAUAUGGCCCUUGUUCUUAAUUUCUGCUUUUUAAGUUGCCCAUUUGUUUUUAACAAACUCACAUUACUAUGAUUUCUCAACACUAGCUUCCUUUAAGAAUAUGGUUCCUGCCAGUGUACGUUUAGUAUGUUUUUGCUUCUAUAUUAUAUAUUCUAUGAUAAAUACUACAAUUUGUGUAUCAAUACCCUUUACUUGUAAAUUUCUUGUAUACAGAGUUAUUGAUGACCAUUUGAACACAAGAAAGACAUAAGUGCAAUGCUAAAUAUAUUAUGAUUUUUUAUGUUUUUUUGUUAAUGUAUAUAUAGCCAUUAUAAAUUCUUUUAAAAAUGAAUUUUGAAAUCCAAUUCAUUUGUGAAGAUUUUGUUGAACUUGUGUAUAUAAAUUUGAUUUUUUUUUAACUGUUGUAAAUAAACCCAAUCUAUAGUCAUGUACUGAUGCAGAGUUAAACCUCUGUGUUCUCGCUAUCAUACCCUAAGCUGGCAUUAACAUGUUUUCUAUUUCAUAACAAUAUAAGUUGUAUGUCACAACGGCACACAAUUGUGACAAAUAUUCUGUUGUACAUGACAACAAUCUGUUGAAUGUAACCGUAUCAGACAAUGAUAUUUUGAUAUUUGUGAUGUCAGUCCACGGUAUGUGAGAAUAUACCUAUUUCACAUUCCAUUUUUAACAUAUUUACUAUGCUAUGCAGAAGAUUAAUUAAAAAAAGAAUUUACAUGCACUCAACGAGCUUGAAUUCAUAAAAUGAAUUAAAUUUUUUGUGGCUUUAAUGAAAAUAUUUUAUCCCUUUAGAAGGUUAUGGAAUUCCAGUCAAAGAAAAAUGAUGUAUUAUUGUGCCUUAAGCAGAAUUUUUGCUUUUUUUUUUAAAAAAAGUCUUCCAGUUAAACAGUUGUAGCUAGAAGUGCCUUUUCAAAGAUGAUGGUAAAUAUUGAAAAUAUUUUAUAGACUGUUUUUGGUACAAAUGAAUUUUCUAAUGAACAAAACUUUAGCUGAAGAAUAUACACAAUGUGCCUUGUAUGUUAACUGUUCUGUCCCAGGAUUAUGAAAGGUUUCUUGUUGUUAUGUAAUGCCUGUUAACAAAUCAUUCACAAUCAGGAAUUUUAUACAUUCCAUAUAUUUUGUACUCGUUGCCAUUGGAUUCCAUUGCCAGAAGAACUUUUGGUAGUUUGUAGAUUGUUAAUCUUUCCUGAGAUGUCUGUAAGGGUUGUACUGGAGAAGUUGUCUGGAAGAGUCGUAAGGUAGUAGUUGUCGUAAAAGGUCGUACCCUAGCAGAUGCCUGUCAGGGCUGUACUAUUAAUAGUAAUUGUUAGUGAGGGUCGACUUAAGUAGUUAUCUGUGAGGUGGUAUUAUAGCCCUGGUUGGUGACGGUUGACUGUCAUAGUCAUAUGUGAGGGUCAUUUGUAAGGGAUGUAUGGUAGUAGUCGUCUGAAAGUGUUGACUGUAGUAGAAAUCUAUGAGGGUUGUACCGUAGUAGUCUGUUUUAUACCGUAGUAGUGAUCUGAGAGACUUGUCCCAUAAUGAUCAGAGAGGGUCAUUCUAGAAUUGUUGGGAGUCUUACCAGAACUGUCAGUCAUACUAAAUUGUCUGAGGUCAUACCAGAAUUGAACAACAGGAUCGUACCAGAAUUGUAAAUCACAUAACAAAAUUGUCUGAGAGGGUCAUAAUAGAACUGUCUUACCAGACUUGUUGGAGUGGGUUGUACCAUGAUAGUCAGAAUUGUACCAGAAUUGGAGAAAGUCAUAUGCAUGAUGUACUCAGUAACUACAACAUUAUAAAUAUAUAUAUGUGUAAGGGCCAAUCUUGAAAUGCUUAAAAUUUUACACAUGCAUUAUUUUUCUGUGAAUAUUUGUGUAUACUGCAUGUCACAUGAAUCCUUUAGCAGUACAAGACAAUUUUUUAUCCCAUAAUUAAUGUUUGAUUUAUAAAUGUGUUUCAUGUGUACCUCUUACAAUUUUAGAAUUAAAUUCAUAAUUGCUUUCGUUACUAAAACAAAUUACAAGGAAAUUCAAGUGAGAGCAUUUUCCUUUAUCAAACAUUAAUUGCCAAAUAGAUCAAUUAAAUAUUUGACUUGAGGGGACAAAUUAUUGAUGUAGUUUGUAUAUAGAUGUAUAGAAUAUAUAUUAUCUAUACCGACCUUUGAUGGCGGUAUACACUGAUCUUUGUGGCGGGUAUAUAGAUGUAAAUAUUGUAUUAUCCUUCCCUCCUGUAUCCAUACCGACCUUUGAUGGCGGUAUACACUGAUCUUUGUGGCGGGUAUAUAGAUGUAAAUAUUGUAUUAUCCUUCCCUCCUGUAUCCAUACCGACCUUUGAUGGCGGUAUACACUGAUCUUUGUGGUGGGUAUAUAGAUGUAAAUAUUGUAUUAUCCUUCCCUCCUGUAUCCAUACCGACCUUUGAUGGCGGUAUACACUGAUCU